GUGCCCCGAUUAGACACACGGAAGCGAAUCCCAGCUGUCAAACAGAUCUUAGUAAAUCACACCCAGCUCGCCGUUAGCAGCAACAUAUUCAUCAAACUUCACUUAAAAUGGAUUCUCCACGCUGGCUGCCUCUGGAGUCCAACCCAGAAGUCAUGACCAAGUUUGUCAGCUGUUUGGGUAUGAAGCCAUCCUGGCAGUUUGGGGAUGUCUAUGGGUUGGAUCCAGAGCUUCUCAGCAUGGUACCAAGACCUGUGUGUGCAGUGCUGCUCCUCUUCCCUGUAACAGAGAAGUAUGAGGCGUUUAAGCAAGAAGAGGAGGAGAGACUCAAAGGCCAAGGCCAGGGGGUCUCCCCUGAUGUCUACUUUAUCAAGCAAACUAUUGGGAAUGCCUGUGGAACGAUCGGAUUAAUUCACGCUGUGGCGAACAACCAGUCUCAUCUGCAGUUUGAGCCAAAUUCCCCCCUUAAGAAGUUUCUUGAACAAACAACAAAAAUGACCCCAGAAGAAAGGGCCGCAUUUCUGGAGAAAGACGAGAGUAUACGUGUCACACAUGAAUCCAGCGCACAGGAGGGACAAACUGAGGCCCCGAGUUUAGAUGAAAAAGUCAAUCUGCAUUUUAUAGCAUUUGUGAAUGUCGGAGGACAGUUGUAUGAACUCGAUGGACGGAAGCCUUUCCCUGUUGUCCAUGGAAAAACUACAGAGGAUACGUUCCUUGAGGACGCCGUAGAAGUUUGUAAGAUUUUCAUGGCUCGUGACCCUCAGGAGGUCCGUUUUACCAUCAUCGCUCUGUCCAAGGAUUCAUUCUGAAAGCCCCCAGAAAGCAAAGAAAACAUUACUGCCAAAUAUUCUGAAGUGCUGAAUAUGUUCUAAAACACAAUUGUUUUGUUACAGCAAGUAAAUAUAACCUAAAAGGAAUGCCAGGGACAUGAGUUCAAUGACAGAAAUUCGCACCACUGCCUUGGAAAAUGAUUUGCUUACUCUGUCUGUUUCAGGCUCAUUUAAAGAGAAAUUUCAACUUCAUUUAAUCCACUGUUAAUUUAUUUAAUUUUGUUUUGGGUUUAUUUUUGACCAUAACGUCAAGCACAUGGUGAGGGCGAGCUGUGGAAACACAUUUUAAAAUGUUUGAAUUUCAUUCUCUUGAACAUUUAAUGAUGCUGAGCUGCUUCAAAGAAGACGACCGUCGGAGGAUGAUAAACAUCUGGGCUGUACAUGCAGGUGGAAGGUGCCUACACUUUUGUAUUAUUAGACAAUAAAUCAAAUAAAGGGCAAGUUUAAUAGGUG